CUGCAGCUGGACUGCUGCAAGCCGCGAGAUUUCUGUGAGACUCGCUGAGGACAGAAACUGCAAAACAACACGUGAUUUCACGUUAGACACCACAAAAGUCUCCAAUUAAUCCAGAUCGCUGGAUUCAUCGCUGGUCGCUUUUGACAAAAAGUCGCCAAAAGGGUUUGGAAAGUAAAUCUACCAAACAACGAAGGAGCCUGCGCAUGCGCAUAUCUUAAGUCAUAAUUUCGACUUUCUAACCCUUCUUAUUUUCUGGCGGAAAUGAGCUUCCAUAGGAAUAUAACAGUGAUUUGGGACAGAAGGCGGUGACGCUGUCCUGUCUUUCUGUCCAGUCACCCUAGCAACAACAGACGCCGCCGCUUGGCUUCACUAGCCAAUCACCCAGCACGCAGUGUCUACGUCAUAUCCUGUCUACGCUCCGGGUGUGCGGAGUCCGCCAUUUUGGUUGCUGCUAGCCGAGCGGCUAGCACAGAGUCUCUGCGGAGAGGAUGAGGAGUACCUGAACGAACCGAGCCCCGCUGAGCUGUCAGAACCGAACCAGAGAGCAGCAACCCUCACUGGACCGGCUCUGGUCUCGGAAACAUUAGCCUCCCGUCCGCAUGCUGCUACCUUAGUCAGUAAAGAAACUGUUGCUUCGGUUCCGUUUCGAUCAAUUUUGGGUAAAAACUACCGGAAAAGAAGCCGUGCCGUGCCCAGCCGAUCAAGAUAACCUUCCGGUCCUGUAGUCAGGGCUGGAACCAGUGAUGCCGGGGGGUAAACAGGACCUGGAGGUAAACCAGCCCGCUACAGGUCGUUAAAACGUCAGCAGGCGUUCCGGGUCAUACAGGCGGCUGCCCGGAACCCCCCCACUGACCCGGGUAACAUGUCCAGUAGAACCCCCUUGCCCACCGUCAACGAACGGGACACCGACACCCAUGCCCUAGUGGAGGAUGGGCGUGGCCAGGUGUCGUCCCGGUCUGUCCGAUCUGCUCGAUGUAAAAACUUUCCGUCCAUAGCUGAUGAGACGCCGCAAGUCGGAAAAUACCGACUCCUGAAAACCAUCGGGAAGGGAAACUUUGCUAAAGUCAAGUUAGCACGACACGUCCCCACAGGACGAGAGGUGGCAAUCAAAAUCAUUGAUAAGACUCAGCUGAACCCCAGCAGCCUGCAGAAGCUCUUCAGAGAGGUCAGAAUAAUGAAGAUCUUAAAUCACCCAAACAUUGUGAAGCUGUUUGAGGUGAUCGAGACUGAGAAGACUCUGUACCUGGUGAUGGAAUAUGCCAGUGGAGGUGAAGUGUUUGAUUACCUCGUAGCUCAUGGGAGGAUGAAGGAGAAGGAGGCCAGAGCCAAAUUCAGACAGAUUGUGUCUGCAGUUCAGUACUGUCAUCAGAGGCACAUCGUUCACCGCGACCUCAAGGCAGAGAACCUCCUCCUGGAUGCUGACAUGAAUAUUAAAAUAGCAGAUUUUGGGUUCAGUAACGAGUUCACUCUGGGUGGGAAACUGGACACGUUCUGUGGUUCUCCUCCGUAUGCGGCUCCUGAGCUCUUCCAGGGUAAGAAGUAUGAUGGUCCAGAGGUGGAUGUGUGGAGUCUGGGAGUGAUCCUCUACACUCUGGUCAGUGGAUCGCUGCCCUUUGACGGACAGAACCUCAAGGAGCUGAGAGAGCGAGUCCUUCGGGGUAAAUACCGGAUCCCCUUCUACAUGUCCACUGACUGUGAAAGUCUGCUCAAACGCUUCCUGGUGCUGAACCCAGGAAAAAGAGGAACUCUAGAGGUAAUCAUGAGGGACCGUUGGAUCAAUGUCGGCUCUGAUGAAGAAUCAUUGAAACCUUUUGUGGAGCCGCAGCUGGACGUCAGAGACCAGGAGAGGAUCGACCUCAUGGUGGGGAUGGGUUACUCUAGAGAGGACAUCAAUGAUUCGCUCACCAAGAUGAAGUAUGAUGACAUCACAGCUGCCUACCUGCUGCUAGGUCGCCAGGCUGCUGAGGUCAGAGGUGGUUUCCAUGGUGACAGCAGCAGUGACGCACAGAGAGGCCGGGCGGUGAUGGUAACUGUGUUUGUUGUUCAGGUGGAGGUGAGUGAAUCCAGCAGAGCGUGUCAUUCUCCUGCCCACCUCCUCAACCAUCGCUCCUCCUCCAAACAGAGGAGGCAUAGCGACCAAGUCUGUCCCGCCCCCUCGGUGGACAAGAGGAGUCACAAUGCAGCGUGUGCAGAGGAGGAGGUGAAGCAGGAAGUGGGGGGUUCCAACAAGAAGUCCAGUCCUCUGGAUGGAGGCAAUCCGCUGCUAGGCAACGCCAACAACCCCAACAUGGCUGACAUCCCUGAGCAUAGGAAAACGUCAGCCACGCCCACCUUAAGUUCAAAGAGCGCGUCGUCCAGCAUGACGAGGAGGAACACGUAUGUUUGUACUGAGAGUAAAUCUGCAGAGCGACGCUCUGUGGUCCCCAACGGCAAAGAGAACAGCGCUGCUGCAAACCCCCCUGAGAGGUCAGUGGGCGGAGUCUCCACCCACAUUGUGAGCAGCGGAGCGACACCACCCGACCGGCUGCGUUUCCCUCGAGGGACGGCGAGUCGCAGCACCUUCCACGCCGGUCAGCUGAGAGACAAACGAAGCCCCGCCCACAACAGCCCACCCGCCUCGCCCAGCCUUUCCCAUGACGCCCAAUCACGAGCCAGAGGGUCGACCAACCUGUUUUCCAAACUCACCUUUAAACUCACACGCAGUCGCAACAUAUCAUGUGAUCAGAAGGAGGAUCCAGGUUCUCCUGCUGCUCCACAGCUGAGGGAGUCGAAACCUCGCUCCCUGAGGUUCACCUGGAGUAUGAAGACCACUUCCUCCAUGGAGGCUCAGGACAUGAUGAAGGAGAUCAGGAAGAUUCUGGAUGCCAAUAACUGCGACUACGAGCAGCGUGAGCGCUUCCUGCUGCUCUGUGUCCAUGGCGACGGACACCUAGACAGCCUCGUCCAAUGGGAGAUGGAGGUCUGCAAACUUCCCCGCCUCUCGCUCAACGGUGUCCGCUUCAAGCGGGUAUCAGGAGCGUCCAUCGCCUUCAAGAACAUCGCUUCCAAGAUCGCCAACGAACUUAAGCUAUAGAGACAGGGAGACAGGUCAGAGAAAGACAGGGAGAUGGGUCAGAGACGGAUGUGGAGACAGGUAGGGAGGGAGACAGGUCAGAGACAGACAGGGAGACAGGUCAGAGGGAGACAGGUCAGAGACAGACAGGGAGGGAGACGGGUAAGAGACGGACAGGUAGGGGGAGGGAGAGACGGAGAGACGCGGUCUGUGUUGAUUCAAAGCAGCUGAUCAAUAUUAAAAGUCAUUGAUGAGUUGAUUCGCUUGUCUCUGCGUAUCAGCGAAAAGUCCACAUCAAACUUCUGAUUGUGCGGCAAAGGAAGUUGGGAUUUGGAGUCGAGUGUUAUGAAGGGCACAGAAAUACACUUGUUUUAUUUUGAAAAGCCCUCAGCCAUGACUCACCUGCUGGCGACCUAAAGAAGGCGGGGCCACGGCCAGGGGGAGGGGCCAUGUCUGUGAAUGUAAAUAGUUUGUGUGACUGCUUCCGUUGUGUUCUUUUGUAUGUCAGCAGUCAGCUGAGGUUCACUUAUGUGUCAUUAAACACUUUGAACGCAUCACAA